AUGGCACUUAGCAAAGACCGUGGCAUUACAAUGAAUGAUGGGAACAAAAUCCCCAUAUUGGGGUUUGGAACCUAUUCCCCGGAUGCUGUAAGUAAAACAUUUAACUCUCAGAUUGUUGUAACUUGUUUUUGAAGAGCAAAAUGCCUGCCAGCUGCUGGGUGCUUCAUACAUUGCAAAGCACCGCAUGCGAUACCUCACCUGAUCUGAGAAGCCAAUUGUGCAUGAGAACUUCUUGGGUCACAGCAGCCAAGAAUGGUUUGUAGCUGAGAAACAGUUUCCAGUGUGAAUUGCUGCAGGGUUCAAAGUCCCCAAUGCAAAAUUUCUAGUGAUAUUUUCUAGUGAUAUUUUUAAAAAAUCUAUCCAUAGAACCAUAAGUGCCCACUAUUAGUUUUGUUGGGAGUAACAAUAUUAUCCAAAAUUACCAGCCAUUAGCUAACUAUUCUGGACACUAACAAUAAAUAUAGAAUCAAUUCUUUCUCCAAACCGUCUUCCUUUGGUCCAUUCCAUAUCACCAGCAACGCAAAUUGAGGGAAUCAAUGUACGUUCUUGUUUUGUAAUCAAAUUAAUUUCUAGGAACAUCAUGAAUUUACCAAAUAAAAGCAACCACUCAGUUUUUCGAAGGAAUUUCCCUUUUUCCAUUUUUCCAAUUCAUAUGUCUGCUCUAUUCACAUACUAAGUGAGGGUAGAAUCUAUUUUCUACAAAGAGAUACAUGCUGAUGAAGAGACAGGUAUGCAAGUCUCUUGGAAAUGGCCCCUUAAAUAUGAAUAGUUAUGGUAAUGAAUGAAGCAGCUCUGUGGGCAAAUGGGUGGGUAGUUAGAAAGACAAAAACUAGGGUGUGUGUGAGAGAGAGAUCCAGGAGUUGGAAGCAGAAAGCAGGCUGGGCAGCUGAGAGAUGGAGCCAAGCCUGAUUUCUGCUGGAAUCCAAGGCUAUGGCCGUGGGAGAAGCAGGUUAAUAAUGUGAACCCCUCCAUCCUUCUUGUUGGCAUCUGUCUGCCCUAAGACACAAUGGAGUGUGCCUCCGGGGGAAAGUAAAAAUUGCUGUGUUAGCAGCACCAAAGUGACCUCUCUGGGGUGCAAGCCUGGGCAGUGAGUAUGGAGGUCCUGGGCUGCCCAGAUGAAAAGGCUCCCCUCUCAUCCUCGCUGAUGUGAUCCAGUGGGAAGCAGAGCAAGACAUUUGGCGCCACCUUGGCUGCAGGAGUUGCCACAACGAGGCUUGCAAUGCGCCACCUAACUAUCUUAGGUCCUCCACCCUGGAGAGGACCCAGGCACCAUCAGGGCUGGAUCUCCACGCAUCAAAUAAGUGUUUCAGUUUAAAGUGUUGUAAAUUUAAACAGGGAAAACAGGUAGUUAAAAUAGGACUCCAUGUCACCAUCUGGUGGCAAAAUAUUAUAUCGAACAUCCAACACACAUAAAUGUGACUUACAGGUACCUUUUGAUAUAAAUUUCCCCACUGAAGCAAAGACCUUGACUAACAUUUUCACCUUUUCAACUGGCAGGUUCAAAAAAGUAAGUGUGAGGAGGCUACAAAGAUAGCAAUAGAAUUCGGCUUCCGUCUUAUUGAUGGUGCAUAUGUAUACCAGACUGAGGAGCACGUUGGGCAGGCCGUUCGUGCGAAGAUUGCAGACGGAACAAUAAAAAGGGAAGACAUUUUCUACACUGGAAAAGUGAGUUUGGUAUUUUUUAUUUUUUAUUUUAAAGGUUAGAAUAUAGUGCCUGCAUCAUGAUGCAAUUUCACAGACAUUAUUUAACAAAACAGAGGAAAAUGCCCCUCCCGAUAUAAACCUACCCAGAGUCUGUGUUCAUCCUGUGAGGCUCUUCUUUGUAUGCCUCCUCCAUGUGAGGCUCGGAGGGCGGCAAAACAAGAACAGGGCCUUUUCUGCAUGGCUCCCUGUUGGGAGAAUGCUCUCUGCAAGGAGGUUCAUUAUACACCUCUAGGCGCCAGGUGAAAAUGUUCCCCUUUAAUGAGGCCUUGGACAGAUUAAUAUUCUACACCCUUUUUAAACCUGUUUGCGGGAGGAAGGAUUCUGUUUUGACUAUUUAUUUGUGCUUUUAUCUUGUGCUUUUAUCUUGUGAACCACCCUGAGAACUUUUGAUGAAGUGCAAUAUAGAAAUUUAAUAAAUAAAUGGUAAAAAUAUUGUUUAUUAGCAAUAAUGAUUUUUUUAAUUACUUUACCUCACCACAGCAAUUCAGAAUACUCUUCAGAACAAUAUUUGACUUUGCCCUUAACACUGUGCACACUAGAAUAGUCAUCUGCCGCAGCUAUAUGGUCCCGAGACCCAAAAACUCUAUGGCUCUGUGAAAAUAUAAAACUCUUUAUAUAUUUGACAGCUUUGGAGUACCUUCCACCGCCCUGAGCUGGUUCGGAAAUGCUUAGAAGAAUCGCUGAAGAAACUCCAGUUUGACUACAUGGAUCUGUUCAUAAUUCACAAUCCAUUUUCUAUGAAGGUAAAUAAUUAUUGAUGUCAUAAUGCAAGUAUUGAGUACAAUAUUUGAAUUGGGGGGAGAGCCUACUAAAAAUAUUUUAUUCCCUGAAGGAACAUUGGGAAUUGUCAUUUCCUAGAGAUGCUGACAAUUCUCUGUUAGAACAUAUCUCAAUCAAAGAAUGAUCACUCCCAGAUUUUGGAGGCGAAACCAUGCCAGUUAAAGAAAACAUCUGCAUAUAGUGAUUACAUUAACCACAAUCGGCAUCAUAAGAAAGAAAUCAUGUGCAGAGCCAGACUUGGCAAGUGUAGGAUGAACGGGUAAGGAAAGCUUAGCAGAAAUGACCGUGCCUUGCUGUUGUAACUACUUGCUUUGCAAAGAAAGAGAAAACUCGUAAUAGCCAAAACAUAAUGCCUUAUAAAGUAUUAGGACGGUUUGUGGGUGACUUGGGACCAUGAAGGAAAAUGGAGAACAGUUAGAAAGCUAUUGUGUAUGCUUAAAAGGGCUAUACAGUGGUACCUCGGGUUAAGAACUUAAUUCGUUCCGGAGGUCCGUUCUUAACCUGAAACUGUUCUUAACCUGAGGUACCACUUUAACUAAUGGGGCCUCCUGCUGCCGCCGCACGAUUUCUGUUCUCAUCCUGAAGCAAAGUUCUUAACCCAAGGUACUAUUUCUGGGUUUGUGGUGUCUGUAACCUGAAGCGUCUGUAACCUGAAGCGUCUGUAACCCGAGGUACCACUGUAUAUCAAGGGGAAAAUAUGAAAUAGGCGGACCAGGAAGUCUGUAAACUGCAAUCUCCUAACCAAUAGGAGAAUGUAGGAGCACAGGCGUAGGAAGGUCAGGUGGUACCCAGUACGGAAAAUUUCUUGUCACACCCCCCCACACACACACACAUUAAUAUUUAUUUAUUUAUUUUGCCUGCAAAAAUGGUUUGCCUUUAUUUCAUAUUUUCUUACAAAGGAAUGUGGAUUCUGGGCCUCUGAUAACAAGUAGGCGACUGUGGAUAGAUAUUUAAAUCUACAGGAUGGAUUGUGUUUUGGCUUGUGUUAUUUUAUUUAUAUUUAUUGUUUAUUUAUUUAAUAAAAUUUAUUUUUAAAAACCUGCAAAGUGGUUUACUAAAACAAAAAAACAAAAAAUACCACAGCAGUAAAAUCAAUAAAAAUUAGCAAUCCUACUUUAAAACAUACAAAAGCUAAAAUAUUAAGAUUAAAAUUACUUCAACUUCCUAAGGUAUGUUUGCCUUAAUAAUAAUUCUUUUAGCAGGUGCCUGAAAAGAGUCUAGCAAAGGCACGUGCUUUAUUGCAAUAGGCAGGGUGUUCCAAAGUGCAGGUGCUGCCACACUAAACAACGCAGUACAGAUAUUAUGUGGAACCUGUAGGAGUGCUUGGAACUACUGAAGGGGAGGUUUUAUUUAUUGUGAUUUCACCAUGCUCUAUAUUAUCUGAAAAGGAAAACACUGAACUGAAAUUUCAGCCUUUACGAUAUAAGAAAACGGCCAAGUAAACAGCUAUUUUCGUGAAGGAGAGUCAAAAUAUUAACUGAUAUACAUGAAAUUUCAUAUAUAGCUGUAUAAUCCCUAGUGUAGUAAGAUAAGACCUUUGGAGCAGGCAUUAAAAAAAAAAAAGUUUUUAUGAACCGCCCUAGUAGGGCAGUAAUUGUUCCUUGAUAAUUUGUCACACACACCCUACAUGAUGGCGCCUGGGCAGCCCGCCCCGCCCUCUUCCUACGCCCCUGUGUAGGAGGGAAAUUUGGAUGGGUAUAAAGUACCUUUGAUGUAAACAAGACAGAGCCCUCUUUACAGCACAAGCUGGGGCGUUACCCGUACAGCACUAUCUCGAGAAUAAACAGCUUUUGGUUUUGCCUGAUCUCAGUUUCCGACUCCUUCUUCUCACAGAGCAAUUGACUCCCUCUGGUGAGGAUCCCUGGGGCAAAUUUGUCUGACAACGAGGGAGUGAGGGAAAGAAAAACGGGAAUGGAGACAUGAGGACCUGUGCAGAUAGAGAAGACAGUUUGUUCUAUGGGGCACAGAAAGAAUUAAAGCAUGUUUGGGGAACCUGUGGCCUUCCAGAUGUUGCUCAAUUGCAACUCCUAUCAUCCCUGAUCAUUGUCCUUGCUGGCUGCAGCGGAUGGGACUUGGAGGCCACCAAAGCCUGGAGAUCCACUGAUUCCACACCUCUGGAUUAAAUGAAACGAUACUGAGUUAAUAUUGCAACGUAAAUAUUUUUUCCUGGCUAAAGUAAUGCUUUAUUCCUCUUGAAUAAACAAGAAUGUGAAAUGUGGUGCUUGUGAUUUGAGUUUCCCACAGAUCCUUGCACUGUGGUAUCGGCCCCUGCAAGGUGAACUCUCUUUUUUAUUACUGUCCAUUAAUAUUAGAUAGUAUUACAGAGAUAAGAGAACUUCUAGGCCUGAAGUGCAUUUAUUCCCUCCGCCUCCUUCUUUUCCAGCCUGGACCAGAUUUAUUUCCCAUGGGAGAAGACAAAAAACCAAUUUUUGACAACGUAGAUCUUCGUCAGACAUGGGAGGUAGGUGCCUGGGAUUAGCAAAUCCAGCCCUUGAGUCAUUCGGAUACAGAGCACAGUAGCCUUCCACCAGAGGAGGCAUGUCCAGAACAAUGACUCACACAAUGGCACCUAUGAAAGCUGGUGAAUUAUUGCACACUCUUGGGAGUAUAUGAGUUAGCCUCCAAUCUUAAUCGGGGGGGGGGGGGAGUGUGGCCUCAGCUAUUCAACAAACACCACUCAACAAACAUGUUGUGCUUUCUUUGCCAGGCAAUGGAGGCAUGCAAAGAUGCCGGCUUGGUGAGGUCCAUCGGAGUGUCCAACUUCACCCGUAAGCAGCUGGAAUUGAUCCUGAACAAGCCAGGGUUGAAAUACAAGCCAGUGAUAAACCAGGUCAAGCGUGUUUGCCUUUUGUAGUAGUUUGUUCCAAACGCUGUUGAAAGCUUCUUUAUUUAAGCUCUUUUGUGAGAGGACCUUUGUUUUGAUGAACACAGCCAUUCCCUUAAAAAACUUGCUUAAGGCUAUAAGAUUGCCGAUCCAGUCACAAGAAGAUAUGAGUUGUGGGGUGGACUCCCCUAAAUUCCUGGAACCAGUAAUGAGUUCUCAUUUAAUCAAGACUUCUGAAACCUCAGACAAAAGGAAGUGUGGAGAAUCCAUAAUGUUUGAAACAGGCAUCUCAGGUAGAAGAAGGCCUGCAAGCAGUCAGGGCCCACACAGCCUCUUGUGGGGACUCUGGAAGUUCUCAGUUGGGGAGCGAACGGCUUUUGAGUUAGGCAUCUGGGCAAAGCUGUUGCACACAAGCAGCCCUGAUUCACUUGGGCACUGGUGUAUAUCAUGUAACCAGAUGAGACCAGAGUAUACUAGUCCAAGUGUGCUGGUCCCGGGGGGGAGGUUACCGUUGUCGUAGUCAAAGUCCAGUCCUGAGUCACUAGCCUGGAAACAGUUCACAAGGAGCGAGGCGAGGUCCGAAGCAGGAAGCCGGGCGGGGACAGGAACACUGGAGGUCGAAGCUGGAAGCGGGCGGGACAGGAACACUGGAAGGUCAGAAGCAGGAAGCCGGGUGGGGACAGGAACACUGGAAGGUCAGGUCUGGGUCCGGGUAGGAGCAGGUACUCAGCGACGACGUUGCUCCCGCAACCUGGGACCGGGCUGACUGGCCUUUAUCUUCUCUGAGGCCAGGGGUGGUCCCGGCCCCCAGGAGACCCGCCUCUCCUGGCCUUAAGGCGAGCACUCCUCCUGGGAGAAACCAGUUCCCUUCGCCUCUCUGCCCUGAGCCUCUGCAGUUCAGGAGAGGCUGAAGGGUUACUGGACCCAGGGGGAGACUCACCUGUAGGCACUGAGUCCUCAACCACCUCUGGAGCCAGAAUGGAUUCACCUGGUGCCGGCUCCUAAGGAUCUGGCACAGGUGCAGGCGCUUCAGAAUCAAGGCCCUGCCCCAGUUCAGCCGGCCCUGGAGGCGGGGACUCCUGCGCAGGCUGGGAUUCCUCCGGUUCAGCCUCUGAAUAGGAUUCCCAGGCCAUCAUACCAAGGCAUUCAAUCUGGUAGCUAAGCAGGAGUGAUGGAAUGACAAUGAGAUGUGUGCAGCUAUGAUCUCCCAGUACCACAGAGACAGUGGUACAGAUAAAAAGGUAAAGGGACCCCUGACCGUUAGGUCCAGUCGUGGACAACUCUGGGGCUGCGGCGCUCAACUCGCUUUACUGGCCGAGGGAGCCGGCGUACAGCUUCCAGGUCAUGUGGUCAGCAUGACUAGGAGCAGGGACCGAGCAACGGGAGCUCACCCUGUUGCGAGGAUUCAAACCGCCGGCCUUCUGAUCGGCAAACCCUAGACUCUGUGGUUUAACCCACAGCGCCACCCACAUCCCUAGUGGUACAGAUAGUUUCACUUAAAUCAGGGCUUCUUUGUACUGUCUGCCCAGCCUUGAUGCACUAUCCAAUUCAUAAAAGGCAAUAGAGAGGGUAAGGGGGGGGAGACAGUCCCCCCCAGACAAUUAGUUCUCAUGUCCUCCCCCCGUACUUUCCACCAUUGCUGAGUCACAGUGGUGACUUCAAUAAAAGACACUUUUCACAAAAUGCAUUUACACAGGGAGGAGUACUUAGAACUAUAUAAUUACUUCCUUACAUGUGAGAUAAAACUGCCCCCUUUGAAAAAUCUUGUGCCCCCUUCAGCACCAAUUUUAUUUUCCGAUGUCUUCUCUCCCAAUUUGAUUCGAAAUUUGAGUUUUUUGAGACCCUGAUAAAACAAAGUCCCAGAUCAUCUACUCAAGUUGAUGGAAAGCCAGGUAAAUCCCCCAUCAGACCUUUCUGCUCAAAAUUGAAAAUUCAGAGACUGAGUGGGCAGGAAUAGAUACACUGCAGGCAGGACAGUGUGCCCAGAAUAUUUCCAACAGGGCUGGAGUGACAAGAGAUUGAGGGAGAAUAAGCCUUGUCCCCCAUCUUUGGUUAACACAUAUUUCACGGACGAGGAGCGUGGCAAUGGAAACCACAAAUGCAAGAAUGGUCAUCUAAAGAUUCUGAUGCAUCAGAAAACACAGUACACUUUAAGAAAGGUAACAGCCAGAUUUUUCGAGAAAUAAUAGCAUGGUUCUGCUUUUCUGUCUUUCUUUUAUUUCACUGUAUUCUUUCUUUCAUCUGAAUUCUCACUUUUGGGUUGUGUUGGGGGAUUCUGAAUCUGCAGGUUGAAUGCCAUCCUUAUCGGAACCAAAGCAAGAUGCUGGCCUUCUGCAAGUCAAACAAUAUCAUCAUGGAAGGAUAUUGUGUCCUGGGUUCCCAAAGAGACCCUAGCUGGUAAGAGAUGAAGCCAAAACAUUUCGGGACCACCUCAGGCACCAUCUAUGCCCACUAUUCCCCAGCAUCUACACCAGCUCUGAAGAUUGUAAUCUUGGUCCCACAAUUAAUAAAGAUCCUCGUGGUGGAUACCAGCACCAGGGCCUUUUUUAUAGUGGCCCCACAACUGGGGAAUUCAUUCCAGAGAGAGAUUUACAAUGUUCUUCCCCUCCCAUUUUAGACAUUCUCAGAAACCUUCCCAUUGCUGAAGUGUUGUUGUUCUUUAGUAACUGCUUGACUUCUCCCAAACAUGUUUUUAAAUGUUGCAGGCAGGGGACUUUUUAAUAAUUUCUGCUUCUGAAAUUUUGUGCUGUUUUUCAGUCAUAUUUACAUUAUCUUUAAUGUUGCUUUAAGCAGUAGAAUGGCAGAGAUGAAAGGACCCUGCAUCCAGGCUUGCAUUUACUGUAAAUAAUUAUAGCAUUUCUCUUUUUACAUAGCUUAUUUUGUGUGUCUCAGAAGUUUGAAUUGCAUGGCGAGUUCCCGCCCUCCCCCAGUGGAAAUAAAGACACAUGGCACAAUUAAUUAAGGUUAAUGAGCUAAAUAAGGCCACAACUUUAUUGGUUACAGGUGAUGAACGGUAUUGGCUUAGGCAUUGGUCCUAACCGACUAUCCAGCUUCAGCCUGUUUGCUUGAAGUCCGGGAAGUCAACUAGGAUCUCCCCCGGGGUCACCAAUCGGGGGCGUGCCUUAGGCCCUCAUCUCUAUAGGCUUCAGACAGGGCCACGCCCCCGGAAUCCUUUAUCAGGCUACCCGUCAAUAUGCGGGGGAGGUGAUGGCACUUCCUCUCCCUUCAUCUACAUAACAAUACCAAUACCAAUGCCUAACCGCCAAUACCAAGGAAGUUGUGACGAUUUGCUACGAGGCAGGCAAAAAACCAAGCGGCUGGUGCCAAUUUGCCAAGUGGAAAAUUUCCUACCAGGCCCCUUAACGGUGACCAACCAAGGUCCAUACAAGGUCAAAGACGGGAGGGUGGGAAACCGGAGCAGAUGGAGGCGGCAAAAAAGGGAGAUCCCUGGCCGCCCCUGUGUUAAAUUGGGCAGGCUACACACCCCAAGCCAGCCGAUUGGCUGUUCAGGGAAUGACGCAGCCGGGGAUUCCCUCAAUCGGGUGGAGGCUGAGAGCCAGCCACGGCGCGUGUGGUGGGGGCGUGCAGCCCGCAAUCCCACCUCCUCUGAAGGCGGAAGUGGCUUUGUGUUGUUUUUAUCUAUAUUGGAAGUCACUUAAAUGCUUAUUUUUAACAAGUGGGACCAGCAACAAAUAUUGAGUUCUCCUUCAAGACAAUGAGCUGUGCAUUCCUCCAGGAUCCUCCAUUUCAUUCGAACAUCAACUCUCCAGCAGGCACACAGGAUUCUUUGGGCCUUUCUUUCCUGCCUUAGCCCGCCUGCCCCCCCAAUACAGAUUGUAUUUAAGCAAAGAAAAAACCUCUCUUUUGUGCAUGAAUGCUACCAUUUUUGCUAGAGAAUGAUCCACGUGCAACCUAUGAGUUUGCGAUUUAUUGAUAGAGGGGGUAGAGCACAAUACUAAAAACUUAUAUUAAUUCAAAUAGACUAACCAAGCUUUAAAUACAAAAUAUUUAGUGUACAUUGCAUGGACUAGACCAAUACUGUAUUAAUUAAUACUACUGUCAAGCCAAGUGUCCCCCAUCCUAUAGUUGUGCGUGUACAUUUGUGCAUCUUGACACCAGAAACACACCUUCUCCACAUGUUGCUCUCCAACAGGUUAAAUCCAGACGCUCCUCCCCUGCUUGAAGACCCUUUGUUGGUUGCGAUCGCCAAGAAGUACAACAAAACCCCAGCUCUCGUGGCUAUUCGCUACCAACUGCAGCGCGGCCUGGUGGUCCUAGUGAAGACCUACACCAGAAAGCGAAUUGAGGAAAAUGCCCAGGUAAAUCAGUGUAUAUAAAUCCAUUAAAAAAACAAUACUGAAAAAGCCCGUCAUUUGGACACUGUGAUCUCACAGGUCACAUGACUCGUGUGGGAGGGAAGAUGCACAUCUUGAUUUGGGGACUCAAUAUGUUGGAGGAGUUUCCAGCAGUGGGUAUUCCGAAGCAUCACUGCUUCCAGCCAUGAGGGCAGAGUUGGAACCAUCAUGACUAGCUACCUGUCAGGGAAUGGACAGGAAGAGGAAUGGUGGAGACCGCCUCCCCAGCCUGACCCUUCCAGAGAUGAGGAAGACAGUAUAGAUUUACAACAGUGGUUUGCAGAAGGUCACAGAUGAGAGGCAGAUGAGGGGCAAAGUUGGGAAAUGAUGGAUGGAGGAGAGGAGGAAGCAGAGCCGGAGCAACUGGCUGACACGUUAUCACUAGAAAGCCUUCCACACACCCCUUCUCCCAGAAGCCGGCGAGUCUUAAAAGUAGGAGAGCAAAGGGCUCUGAGACAGAUGGCCCUAAGUGGAAACCGUAAGGUGGGUGGUGCUGUUGACGAUUGGGGAGAAGGGGAGUGAAGAUUUACUCGGAGAAAAAACCAUUACAGUGGUACCUCGGGUUAAGUCCUUAAUUCGUUCCAGAGGUCCAUACUUAACCUGAAACUGUUCUUAACCUGAAGCACCACUUUAGCUAAUGGGGCCUCCUGCUGCUGCCGCAUCGCCGGAGCACGAUUACUGUUCUUAUCCUGAAGCAAAGUUCUUAACCUGAAGCACUAUUUCUGGCUUAGUGGAGUGUGUAACCUGAAGCGUAUGUAACCUGAAGCAUAUGUAACCUGAGGUACCACUGUACUACAAGAGGCUGAAUUUCUAAGCCUCUCUCUAUGACUAUUGAAUAAACAACAUUGGUAAGAACUUCCUUGUCUUAUCCAUUAUUGGCAACCUACUAUGGGGAGUUGGAUUCUCUGACGCCCAACACUACUAUUGGUAUUCUUAUCUACCAUGAAUUUGUCUAAUGUUUAAAGCCAUCCAAGUUGGUGGCUGUCACUGUCUCUCAUGGAAGCAAGUUCAGUAGUUUAGCUAUGAACUGCAAGAAGUAGUACUGAACUACAUUCGCUGGAGUAUGACCUCCCUCAUCCCUGACCAUUGGACAUGAUGGCUGAGACUGAUGGGGAGUUGGAGUCCAUCCACAUCUGGGGGGGCCACAGUUUCCCCACUCCUGUUCUAUUGCAAACCUACAUUACUAUGCAUAUAAAAUUCCCUCAGUGGGAGGACAUCUGGGCUGAAGCUGUUAAAUGAAGGAAAUAAACUUUGGAAGGUGGUAGCAAAGUUCACUUUGGUAUCUUUGUUGCUGGAAAAAGGUGCACAGCUCUGAGGUGCAAAAAGAAGACAUGAGGUAAAAAAGCACCUCAGCAUUUUAUUUUCUCCCCCUGACAGGCAUUUACUUUCCAGCUGUCUGAGGAGGAUAUGAAAUCCAUUGAUGGCCUUCACAAAAACAUGAGCUUUUCAAAAGCGGAAAUGUAAGUCAUAUUUAAAUAGUAUACAUAUGGAUACAUAAAAGUGGUUCAUGCAAGAAUUCAUACUGCGAGAGCAAAAGGAAGAAAAGAUCUGACAUAUUUUAGUUGCUACUCCGUUUCUGAGUAUAUUUGUAAAGGGAUUUAAAGGUAUGUGCCAUUACUCUGAAUUCAUUUUUUUGCCCAGAAACAAACUGACAACCAAUGGAUCUCAUACAAAAAAAAAUAAAAAUCUUAUGCUCCCUUCAGCCAAUGCAUAAUUUCCUUUUGUGGGAAAUUAAACUAGCUGGCCCUAUGCAUUGUUUUACAACUGCCCUCGAAACUGCCCCAAGUAAAGCCAAUUAUAGUACCAUUGAGAGAAUUCCAGGAUGUUCCCCGCAGUAUUUAGAAGCCUCUAGGAAGGAGUGGAACUGGUAGUGGGCUAGCAACCCAUAUUUAGAGAGAUCAUCUCAUUUGAUUUUCUCUGCAUGUGCAUAAACUGGGAAUGCAGGAUCAACUUUCAGCCUCCCUGCUGAGUGGGCAUUCAGUGGCAAACUUGGGGUGGUUACUAUGUACUGUGUGAAAUGGUCUUAUGAGACAGUGGCUGGCAACUAAUCAAUAUGCUUAGAGAAUAACUUGCACUUAAAUAUUAGUAAGACAAAGGAGAUGGUGUUGGACUUCCGGAGGAAGAGAGGGGAACCUGCCCCGUUGUAUAUCGGGGGGUGUGGUGUGGAGAGAGUCUCCUCCUUUAAAUUCCUGGGAGUUUACCUUAGUGAGGACCUCACUUGGAAAAUCAACAUAACUCAGGUGGUCAGAAAGGUCCAACAGAGACUCCAUUUCCUCAGGGUCUGGAGAAAGAAUAAUGUUAAACAACAAUUGAUGAACUCCUUUUACCGGUCCACAAUAGAAAGUGUCCUUUCAUAUUGUAUCAGAGUGUGGUAUGCUGGCCUGGUCUCUAGAGGAUGGUGACUACAGCACAUGAUAUCAUGCGCUGUGCCUUGAGUCCGCUAGAUGACAUUGCAAGGGAUUGUUGCCUUAGGAGAGCGAGAAAAAUUCUCGGGGAUGACUCACACCCCAGCCAUCACCUCUUUAAUCUUCUACCCUCGAGCAGGAGAUAUAGGAUAAUCAGCUGUACCAACAGGCUAAAAAAUAGCUUCUAUCUGUGGGCUGUUAGCCUGUUGAACGGAAAAUAACAUAGCGCAAUUGACUUGUGAGGUGGUGCGUUGUUCGAUAAGAGAUUGAAUGUUUGGGGGGGGGGCUUGUUUAAUUUCAUUGUACACAGGAUGUACAAUGACAAUAAAUGUAUUAUUAUUAUUAUUAUUAUUAUUAUUAUUAUUAUUACAAUGCCUCAAGACAAUGACUCUUUGGUUUUGUUUCAGAUUUGCUGAGCACCCAAACUAUCAGCCACCAGAUGAUGAAUGA